CACAGUCCAUAAUUCGAGCAACUUCCUGAAAAGUUUCGCAGGGAUCCCCGACUUUUCUGGCACCGGGGGACAGAUGCUGUCGGGUCUGCUGGUCCCCCUUCUCCUGGCUGCCUCGGUGGCUGCGGCGGGAGCCCUGCCUCCUCCCGCGGAGGAAGUGUGCGAGACGGAGAUGAUCAAGGAGCAACUACAAGUGAGCUGCGUGGAAAAGAGGCUGUCGAGUAUCCCCACCGGGCUGCCCAAGACCACGGGCAUCCUGCUCCUCGCCUCCAACCAGUUGGCCAAGGUUGACCUGGCUUCCUUCCAGCACCUGCCCGAGCUGAGCGACCUGGACCUGUCCAACAACAGCCUGAAAGCCCUGGAGAUCGGCGCCCCGCUGCCCCAACUGAAGAACCUGCUCCUGUCCCAUAACGGCCUGGAGAGCUUGCCCGCUUUCCCAGGGCUGCCCGGCCUGAAGGUCCUGGCGUUGGGGCACAACCGGCUCUCCCAGUUGCCCGAGGGAGCCUUCCGUGGCCUGGAAAAACUGGACGAACUGCAGUUGCAAGAAAACCAGCUUGAGAGCUUGCCUGUCGGGGCCUUCGAAGGGCUGGAGGAGUUGAAGGACCUCGACCUAUCGGACAACCGCCUGGCGUCAGUGCCCGCGGAGCUGCUCUCCCAACUGUCCAACCUGGAGAUUCUACGCCUGGAGAGGAACCGGUUGGAGCGCCUGCCGGAGGGCUUCUUCUCCGAGGAGGCCAUGUACGUCUUCGUCUACCUGGUGGGAAACCCCUGGCGGUGCGACUGCCAGCUGAUGUACCUGCGGGACUGGAUCGUGGAGAACGAGCACACGGUGUACACCCGCACGACCGUGCAGGAGGACGGCUCGGAUAAGGAGGUGACGGAGAACGAGCCCCUGCGAGUCGUCUGCCAGGCGCCCCCCGGGGAGAAGGGCCGGCCCGUCAUGCACUUCAAAGCCACCUGCAGGAGACUCGGAGACGAAGACCCGGAGGGGGAAGAGGAGGGCGAGGCGGAGGGGGAGAGCUGGACUCGCGCUCCGACUCUUUCCCCUUCGACACCAACCACUGCCGGCGUGACACCACGGGCCUCCUCACGCAGGCCGAGCACAACCCUCAGCGCAACUGUUGCUGCUCGCACAACCAUAAUGAGCACUUCAGCGCUUAGUCCUUCCACGACACACUCCCCCACAACCGCCAGCCCUGUUGCAACAACCUUCCGCACAACCGCCAGCCCUGUUGCGACAACCUUCCGCACAACCGCCAGCCCUGUUGCAACAACCUUCCGCACAACCGCCAGCCCUGUUGCAACAACCUUCCGCACAACCACCACCAGCCCUGGUACAACAACCGCUCUUCGUGUUUUCACCACAACCGCGCCGGUGGUCACUUUCGGCCUUUCCAGCAGCGGUGGAAGGUCGAAUGUCCCCACGGUGACGGCAGGCCCCUCGACCUCCCCCGUCCCGUCCACCCCACCCCGCCACGUCCCUACCGCCACGACAACCCUGUCCACCCCGCUUGCUCCCAGCCCCACGGCCUCGAUGGUGACCAGCCCUCUUGCCCCGAGGACCCGUCCGCCAGCGACGGCCACAGCUUGGCCUCCUCCGAGUUCUGCAACCCUGGUCCCGUUCAGCUCCAGCCAGGCCAGGAUUUCGGGCCCGCCAGCCACCCCCCGGCCCACCGCCCAAUGUCUCUGCCCUGCUCGGCCUGUCCGGGUCGUUGGAGUAGCUGCUCGUAGGGGGUCCUACGUGGGCUGGCUGGCCGGUUCCUGCUGCCUUCUCCGCCUGGGGCUGUACCUCGCCUGCUUGGCGUUCCUGGUCCUGCCCACCCUGGUUCUGCUCUGCCGGCUGGCUUGGCUCUGCCUUGGCUGGUACCGCCCGGCUCGGCGAGGGGUCCCGGGGUCCCCCUUGGCCAGGGUCCCUCAGCAGUGGCGGGAGGCCUCCUCCAAGGAAUGGGGGAUGCAGUUAGCCGAAACCCCACACCCGGCCCCCGGCCCCCGUCUCUACCGCGUCUGCAAGAGGUUCCAGGUGGGGCCUUCCCGCCACGUCACCUGGCUGCUGGUCAGCCUGCCCGGCUCUGCCAGAAGACGGGCCCCUCAGAGGCAGGCCGGUCUGUCCUCCUCCAGCCUGGACGAGGGGAAGGACGCGCUGGGGACCGUGAGG